CCCAUCCGUUACGUAAACAUAAUUCACUUGUGUCUGUUAUCACAACGAGUUGCCGAUUGUUUAUCACUUACUUCAAGCCACUGACUUGUUAACAAAUUACUCCUGACAAUAUUUAUCUCCUCCAAAUUGUAUCUAUUUUCGACUAAGAUAUAACUAACUUUAAUUGUUAUUCCAAUCAAAUUUUGCAUUUCUGAAAAUGAUAAUUAUAUAAUUAGCACUAUAGCUCUUGUUGCUUGUAAGCAUUUAUGUAGUUUGUGUAGUAUAUAAUUUACAUAGGCACGUUUCAAAAACAUUUUAGUCGGCACUCCAGUUUUUGUUUGACAAGUUUGAUUUGACUUUCCACACACUUCUAGACUUUCAGCGCAAGUCUUCAAAAUUUGACAAGUACUAUAGACAUCAACAAGUAAGCUGUAACAUAAUGGGCAAAAGACAUAAAACGAGUAUAUCAAAAGAGGAAAGAUCAGCAAACGAUGGAGUAAAUCAAAAUGACAGUUCUAAUGAUGUUAACACUAAUGAAUCAGCUUUUAAAAAGAAAAGAAAAAAUAAAAAUAAAGCACAUUUUGAUCCUUCAGCAAUCACUAAUGAUAUUCGUCCUAAAAAAGAAAUAUUGAAAGAUGAGCUUCAAGUCAUUGAAAGUUCUGAUAACACAUAUGAUGGUGGCACUAAAACGAAAAAGAAAAAAAAGCAUGACUCUAAAGGUAUAUUUCAAAAUGUUGUCACUGAAGAAAUACCUACUAAACAUAAAGUAAAGAAGAAACAGAAAAAUCUAGUUUCUGAAAGUGAUUCCAAUUGUGCAAACAGUAAUGAUGUCGUAAAAAGUAAAAAUAAAGCAGCAACUGAAGUAGUGAAACAGAAUACUGUAAAUGACGAAGCAACAAGAAACAUGAAUACAAAGAACAAAAAUGAACAAACAUUUCAGGACAAUGAAAUGGAUGUAAAGGAUGAAGAUAUUGAUAAAUUUUGUGAUGAAAUAGAUGAAGAAGAUAAUGAGCAAUACGAAAACUGGGUUAAAUUGAUUGAAGCUAAAUUACAACCGAAUAAAAAAUAACAAAAAUUGUAAUUUAAUUUAUACAUUGGGAAAUAAUUAUAUACUUAAUACUAAAUUAUCA